UGAAAAUUUCGUUACGGCGAAUGGAUCCGGGAAAGAAAAGAAAUUCUGACAGUGUACCACUCAGUCUUCAAAAAGUUUUCAGUGCAAGUGAACAUCACACAAACGACUCUAACACAAAAUUCACUUUGAAACGGGAAAAAAUGAAGCAUUCAAAUAACUUAAAUUCAAAUUUAAACAAAACUUAGAACACGUUGUGUUAUGGCUUCGAAAAUUCCACCCACCGAGCAUUCGACCUCAAACGAUAACGACACAAGUCAACAAAAGUGUGACAUUGAUCGUGAAAUCAUUUCGCAGUCUUUGCGAAAAGACCUCGUCGUUUUACUUCAAAAUGGAGCCUGGUUUUUGGAAAUAGGUAGCUCAAACGAUCGACAAGUACAUGUUUCACUGGAUAAAAAUGCAGCUAAACUACUAGCAAGUUUCGUGCAUGGACCAAAUCCCGCAAAACAGAUAUACCUAACAGAUAUUACGGAUGUUCGUUACGGUUGGAAGACCGACGUUUUCAGUGAAAAUGCUCGCAAAAAAUUCGAACUUCGAUUUGAUGUUAAAUUAAAGGAAGAUUGCUGUUUGUCCAUCAUUUACGGACGACAACGACAAAGUCUCGAUUUACAAGCCAACGAUUCGACGAUUGCUCAGACUUGGGUAAAUAACAUCUCUUUUUUGAUCGACGAAAUCCGUGCUCUUGCAUCCAGCUCAAACAAAAGCGAAUGGCUAAGAAGGGCUUUCAAAGACGCAGACACAAAUCGUUCCGGCUUCCUGGAUUUCCGCGAAUGCUGCCGUCUGUUGAGUAACCUUAAUGUCAACAUCGGAACGCAGAAGGCCGCAAAAAUAUUUCAGUUGUCUUAUACAAACAGCCGGCUAGACAGGGAGAAAGACGUCCUUGACGAGAAGGAGUUUCUGCAAUUUUACAACCUUGUCAGCGAGCGAACGGAACUAAACGCGAUAUUUCAAGACUACGCCGAUGGCAAUGCAAAUCUCUCAGAUUACAGUCUAGCCCAUUUCCUAAAAGAAGUACAGGGAAUUCAACAUGCCGAUUUGCAUUUUGCACAAAUGCUGAUUAAACAGCAUAAAUUGCAAAAAACAAAAGCCAUAACGGAAAUGACUUUACCGGAAUUCAAAUUAAUGAUGAAUUCACCAUUUUUUGAUAUUCUGAAAAAAGAACAUCUCCAAGUCAAUCAAGAUAUGAAUAGACCUUUGAGCGAUUAUUACAUUUCCUGUUCUCACAAUACGUACCUGAUGGGGGAUCAGCUGAUGGGCGUAAGUAGCAUCGAAGGCUACGCUUCCGCUUUGGAGCGUGGUUGCCGGUGCCUUGAACUAGAUCUCUGGGAUGGUCCAAACAGUCAACCUAUAGUCUACCAUGGAUAUACGAAGACUAGCAAAUUAUUGGCUCGUGAUGUGUUGUCUAAAGGAAUCAAACCUUUUGCGUUUAAAUUCUCUCCUUUCCCCUUGAUUCUGUCCGUGGAGAAUCACUUGUCACAUUUACAGCAGACUAUAUUCGCGCAAGAUUUACGCCAAAUUUUCGGCCCUGCUCUGUUCUGGGCUGUCGAAGAAAAUCCAGGAAACACACCGUCACUCCUUUCGCCUAAUCAACUUCGUGGGAAAAUUAUUAUAAAGGUCACCGGAGCCAAAGUGUGCUCUCCUGCCCUGCAGUGUCUCAUUAACUUUUGUAAAUCGUUCCCCAGCUUUGAAAAGAUGGAGGGCCAAAAGGUUGGGCAUAUUAUGCCGUGCUAUUCCGUCGUCUCAGUGUCUGAAAUAGAAGCAACAACCUACCUGAAAAAAUUACCUAAAGAAACGAGGCUGAAUCCCACAUGCCAAACAAUGAUGCGAGUUUAUCCCACCGCCACACGAAUCGCAUCCAGUAAUUUCAAUCCAGUCUAUUACUGGAAUUUUGGAUGCCAAAUGGUGGCAUUAAAUUUUCAGACUCCUGGGAAAUAUCUCGAAAUUAAUUUUGGUCGUUUCCGCCGAAACGGCAGUUGUGGAUAUGUUCUCAAACCGGUUUGGCUGCUGGGUAAAAUUGCAAGGAUUCCGUCGACGGGCAAGUCAAGUAAAAUGUUACAGUUGCGGAUUAUUAGCGUCCAAAAUCUCCCUAAACGACCUGGACAAACCAAAAAAGGCAAUUUUUAUGUUUCCGUACAGAUUGACGGGCAUCCAUCGGAUUCAUACAAAUUUCGAACAACUUCCUUGAUGAAUGGUAACGGUUUAAAUCCCUUCUGGAAUGAAAUUAAAAAUGUAAAAAUUUGUUUCCCAGAACUGGCUGUCAUUUGCUUUAGUGUGAAAUAUGUGGACUCCUUUAAAAUUAAACAAACGCUUGCUUCAUAUUGUUUACCUGUAGAAAGCUUGGCUUCAGGUUACCGCCAUGCACCACUGUCGUCCACUGAAAUAAUCUCAUCCAUUUUUCUCCACGUGCAAAUGUCUGACUUGUAGACGCUUCGACUUUUCAUCAAUACAGCUCAUUUGCCAUCUUCGAAACAGUGUAAUUCAAACAGCCACAGCGAAGAUUUUAUUA